AUGGUCAACCCAUCCAAGCUUGGGGUCGUCACAAAAGUCGUCGACCCUCAAGAGCUGUAUCAAGUCAUCACUCAAGCGUCAUCUCAAAACCCUGCCGAAGUCCACGCGUCGAGUAAACGCGUCGAGGAAUUGUUGGACUACUUUGGGACUUUCGAUGGUUUACAUGAGAUCGCCGCUACCCGAUCAGUACCGCUGCCUGUGAGGAAGCAAAGCAUCAUCCAAUUCAAAAACAAGGCGUUGAAUCACUGGAAAUCACGGAAACUUUUAUCAGACGAGCAACGAGUUAGGAUCCGGUCACGAUGCAUGACCUUUUUUAACGAGGAAGAUGAUACGAUUGCGGAGUGCAAUGAAGUAAUUGUUGCGAAAAUUGCUCGCCAAGAUUACCCCAUGAAUUGGUUGGUACCUUUGAUGGUUAAUUUCUCUAUUAGGCCUUCGCUGCUAGCCGACAUUAUGGACGUCAUUCGCACAAAUCUUGAAGUCCUCUGUGGUUCUCCCAUCAGCGACCCGCGGUCAACUCUUGCCCUUCGCAGGAGUCUCGCGCUUCUUAACAGUGUCUUGAAGGAGUUCAGUGGUGUCAAGCUAUUGGCUGGCGUGAACACGAUGGUCAAGAUCAUCGAUCAACUACACGAAGUGAUGUUCGCUUAUUACUCCAAACUGUCGUCGAUGAUUUCCGCACUCGUGCCGCUAGCACUUAGUGAUCAGCGCACUGCUGACAAUCUCAUCGUGGCCCAUUUCAUCUACAAGUGUCUUGUAAAGAUGGCUCUGUGGCUCUGGCCUAGACUCGCUCAGCCUGAAAGUGGGUUCGCGAAACUCGAGCCUUGGUUCCUGCAACUUUUCCAGAGUUCAACCGGACAAUUGAAGAUACUGUCUGAACUUCGAAUCAACCUCGUUCUUGCCUUGAGAGCAUCCGGAACAUCAGACCGUCUUACGCUUUUGUCCGUUGACAGACUGACCCGUCAUGUCCGCGUUUUUGGGAAAUUUUUCCGCAGACUACAGCAACUUAAACCCGACAAAUUUGUUCAGCUUCCGACAAGCAACCAAAUCGUCCUUUACUAUUGGGACAGAGUUGUGCAAGCUACCAACGGUCCGCCAGAGCUAAUUCAAGACGCUCCGACGGCGGUUUUCCCGGUGCGUUUUCUCCUUCAGGCCAUGGUCCUGUUCAAGGAAAAUCUCUCGAGAUGGACGCCGUUUCGCAAAGGUGGCCCAAAAACCGAGACUACUCUGUCGCAAGAGUUUGUCGAGGAUGCCGUCCGGCUUCUCGUGACACGUUUCAUCCCCUUGAACCUGGCAGAUCUCGAGGGUUGGAUGUCCGAUCCAGAAGAGUGGGUUAAUCUAGAAGAUAAGGAAAACGAUCAAUGGGAGUAUGAAUUGCGAGUUUAUGUCACACCACUACUCGAGACGACAUUCAAGCAGAUAAUUGCACAACCAACGGUUGAUUCGGCAAGUGUCAUACAAAAAGAAGCUCUGUACUGUGCUAUCGGACGUUGUGCGACUCACCUACGAGAAGUAAUUCCUUUCAAAGCAAAGGAGACGAACCAAUACUAUCCAAUCAUUAAGCGCCGUAUAGCAUGGCUUAUUGGAAAAUGGAUUAGCGACAUGUGUUCACCAGCCAACGAUCCGAAUGUUUGGGACAUCCUCAUCCACUUGCUGCGAGACAGAGGUCCUGGCACGGAUUCUGUUGUUCGUCUGACUGCCGCCACAGCCUUGCGGGAGUGCAUCGAUACUGUCAAUUUUGACAUUGACGUCUUCGUACCUUACUUGCCCACUGCGGUUAUUGAACUUGUGAAGCUUAUGGGUGAGGCGGACACAAUGGAAGCGAAACAACGUCUAGCCAAGAGUCUCAACGUGGUGAUUGAAUGUGCGGGUCCUCGAGUUACACCACACGCACAAAUGAUUUCAGAAGGCAUCCCUCAGUUGUGGACUGCUGCGGGCGAGGAGUGGUUAUUCAAAGCUCAACUCCUGGUCGUCGUUACAAGUCUAGUCUCGGUUGCCAUCAACCUCGAUGAAGACGCACUUAAUCUCUGGCUUGCUGCCGUUCGCAACUCAUCAUCGUUGGGCUAUGCUGGUGGACCCGGUCUUAUCGACUUGGUCCCUCUAGCAGUCUCUCUGUUGUCAAACAAUCUAGAUCUGCUUGGCAAAAUAGUGUCUAUAGUCGAGUCGUGUUUAUUUGUUGACGCCCCUGCCGUCUUGCAGAGCUUUGCCCAACCGUUAAUGAAUGCUUUUGUGAAAGCACUCACAGGCCAGGCCAUAACGACCAAUCAGAAAGACAUACUGGUUUGUCUCCAAUUCCUAACUCAGUUGGCGCCUGCUACGCUUUGGGGCCAAGCCAUGCAUUUUGCUGGCUUGUUUAGUCACAUCAUUAACCUGCUGAAUCACGACGAUAGCCCGCCAAUUCUGCUCACCGAAUGCAUAUAUUUGCUUGCGAGGAUUGCCAUAGCAGACAGACAGAUGUUCUUGCAGCUUGUAUCAGCAACAGCGGAGACUAUGAAUCUUCCUGAACUUAAAAUAUGGGAAGCAGUGCUGGACCAUUGGUGGCGGCAGUUCGACCACAUGUCGGAGCCUCGCCAUCGCAAACUAGCUGCUCUGGGUAUUGCGUCUCUCGUAUCAACCGGUCGUCCUGAAGUGCUUGAUCGCUUACCGAACGAGAUUUUCAACCUCUGGACAGAUGUAUUCUUUGAGGUCAAAGAGAGCAAAAGCUUGGCUGAAAAUGAGGAUGCCAGCCCCUUGACACUUCACUGGGACCUUGAUCACGUGCCGCAGUCAUACUAUGCAGAUUCUGAAACUACCGUCGAGUUUGAUCGUCGAAAAACGCUCCUGGACAAUGAUCCUGUUCGCACCACGCAAGUCACUAAUUAUGUGGCUGCAGCAUUACAGGAAGCUGAGCGGACCUGCGGGGGGAUCCAUAUCUUCAAUCAAUAUAUAAGUAAGACAGAUCCCACUUUGCUCAAACAACUCCAGAAUGAACUUCAGAGCGAGUAA